UUAAAAAUAUUUUGUCACAAGUUUUUCUUUAUUAUAAUCUACUACUAUGAAUUAUAUACAAAUAUCGAGAUUCGAAACUCCAGAGAUAUCUUCAUAGUUUCGUACACAUGUCGACUGUUGAUGACGGAUGUUAAAUGUUAAAAUUUAUUGUAUACUUAGUAAAUAGUAACUAAUAAUUAGUAUUUAUCUAUUUGGUUCCAGUAGAACCUAAUUAUUUCAUAAAUUUUCCGCUAUUAUUCGCGUUAACAAAACGUCCAACUAAUAAAAAUGUUAACCGUAAUCUUAAAUCCUUUUGAUGUAUUAAGCAGCCAGGAUUGAUCAUCAGUUGGUGUUCAAAGACAUCGGUUAUCCUAUUAUUAUUUUAGCUGUCAUCGAAUUUUCGAUGUAUUAAUACAAUUUAAUAAUAAUUGUUAUGCUCAAGACUUUUUUUUUCAUCGUUCACUGUUAAACGUAACAUAUAUUAGCAUAGUUUUACGCAAAAUGGUUAAGAUUCCUGUCAUAGUGGGCGUAUUAUCAUUGAUCACCUCGUUGAAGGCUGAAUCAUAUGAAGAUGCUCGUUGCAAAUGUGUUUGUACUAUAGUGAAUGGUACAGAAAUGUAUAAUAAAUUAUUUAUAGCUAAUGUUCUUCCUAGCAAUGAUUGUAAUGGAGUAAGUUUACCAAUUAUUGGUGAAGUGAAUAAUACAAAAAAAGAAUUAUGUCCGCGGUGCACUUGUACUUAUGAGAGUAGAAACACUACAACUAUGAAAGUAGUUGUAUUAAUUGUGCUGUGUGUGAUAUCGUGUUUGGUGAUGUACAUGUUUUUCCUGCUAUGCCUGGAGCCAAUGAUGAGAAGACGCAAGCUUGUUGGCGCAUAUGUAGAGCACACCAACGAAGAGGUAUGUUCUUUAUUGGAGGCGACCAUGUCCGAUAGCGGUAGUUUUGAUGAUGUUCCACCAGCUGUUUCAUUAAAUGCAAGGGGAGGAAGCGAUCCAAUGGUUUCUGUAGCUAACAGUAGUAAUGUCCUCAACAGAUUUGGACAUCAACAAGACAAAUGGAAAAAACAGGUGAAAGAACAAAGAAAAAAUAUCUAUGAUCGUCAUACUAUUCUCAAUUAAAUGUUAUUGAGUAGAUUUUUCAAUUUGUUAUUAUUGUUAUUUUUCACUGAUAGUUAAAAAUUAAAAAAACUUCAUUCAAUUCUUUCUUCUAUUUUUUCAUCAGUGAUAUUGAAUAUCUACCACUGUCAUUGUUUUUUAUAAUAUAAUCGAUUCCAUAAUAAUCUAUAUUAUAUUAUUAUCAUUAUUUUGAUUA